AUGAUCUGCGUGCUGAGCACGACUUCCUACCAAUCAUACCAAGACCAGCGCCUCCUUUGUGUUCUUCAGUACCGCACCAAUCCCCCACACCGAAGAGUUGCUCGACGGCGGCACAUCGGAAGGGUCUCCACGAGUCGCUCUUGCGGUCGAGCGAUUGAGGAUGUGGAGCCUGGCAGCCACAGACUGGUCACCCACGUCCAUGGUGUCAUCGGCAACUUGGCUUUGGCGAAAUUGCGGCAGUCCGAGGACUUCGAUCUCGUGCAGGAGACCACGCAGAUGGCUUUGGCACCGCUGGAGGGAGAGAGGAAGAAUAUGGAUGAAAUGUCGCCAGAGGAAGCCGAGAAGGAGAAGCGAGCUGAGAGGCUGGAGGAUGAGACGACGGGAAUCGAAAGGGAGACGGAGGAGCUGUCGAAGAAGAUCAAGAAGGAGAUUGGCCGAGAAGACGCCCCCAGAGAGAAUGAGCAGCAUGUGUAUUGCGGCAAGUCCGGACUCUUUGGUCCCAUGGUUGUCCUUGACUACGCCGAGGGUAUACUAUAUCGAAAGGGUAGAGAGAGCACCCUGUAUGAGGCCAAGUCUUCAGCUUCAGCCCGUCCAAAGAGAGAAACGCCCUCAUCCUCAGCUCAUCGAUUUCCCAUCAACACUCGUUACGGCCAAGAGGCCGGAUGA